AGUAGUCGAUACAGAAAGAGUUGUGGGCAAAAAGGUGAAAUCCUUGUGAUUUACUUUGUGAUUAUCGCAUCCUUCACAUUUGUUAGAGAAACAGCGUUGAAUCGCAGACGUAGGAAGCACAAAUCAGUUUUAAAAAGGUCUUAUGGAGCAGCAGAAGUAUUGAUUGGAGAAGUCUGAAUAUUUUUAGAAAAUGUUACAGAACGUGUCCUUAAUUCAUUCUUAAAUUAUCAUUUGACUUAGGAGUAGCAUACUUGGGAAUAUGCAAUGCAAACAUUUGCAGUAUUUAAUGGACGAGUUGGUCUGAGUUUUUAAGGAGAAAUGGAGAAUCUGCAGUAUGCUGAGGAGCUAGUGAGAGAGUUUCUUGUGUUCAGAGGGUUUACAAAAACCCUUCAGGCUUUUGAGAAAGAAUUAGGCACUGAUAUUGGGAAAGGGUUCCAAGUUGAUAGUUUGUUAGACUUGAUUUUCUCUGUGUACAUUCCAAAAUGUCAAGCUGAGAACUUGGUUAAUCUACUUCACUUUUUCAAGCAAUGCUUUGGUUCUUACGAGGCCGAGCUUAUGUCUACUUUGUCAAAAUUGGAAGUCUCUAUUAUACGGUAUUAUAUCAUACACGCCUUGCAAACAGGACGGAAGGAGAAAGUAAUGGAAUUUUUUAAUUUCCAUGGCAACGUGUUGCUGCAAAAACAUGAAGACUGGGCCUUAUGGUUUGCCCUCCCAUAUCAUAAGAAUCCUCAGUUGGAUCCUGAAUUUCGUUUGUACUUCUCUAAGGAGUGGAUCAAUACCUUGCAUCUUUCUGUCAGGAACUUUCUGAGCAAGAUGCUUAACAGUACUCGCAUCCCUGCAUUACUGAAGAUCAGUUCUGAACAGAACACUGUGAAUCGUCUCAAGGGAGACAUUAAGCAACUUAAUCUUAAAAUUUCACAACUUCAGGCGUUGUUGGAGGAGAAAGAGAUCCAGUUACGCCAAGCAAAGAGUAACACUUCAGCAACUACAAGAGUACCAACCCUUGGAAUGAGCAGCUCAUCAAACAUUAAAACAGGCUUUCAGGAGCAAAAUGUUUCUUCUUCACCCAGGUUUUCUCAUGACAUUUGUGACCCUGCAACAUCUAACAUUGGUGAAAGAGAGUCUUCUCAAUACAUUAAUGAUACAAAACCUGCUCACUCUCAGGAGUUAAUGUCCUGUAUGAGCAAGAGUGAGAGAAGCAAUGACUUCCAAAAUGUUCAAGACACUGGCAGUGAAAUGCAGGGAGAAGAAGAAUUCCCAGAAGUGAGAGUAGACUUUCAGGAGACAUUCCUUGGCCACACAAGUCCAAUCACACGGUGCCGCUUUUCUGCAUCUGGGGACAACAUAGCCAGUGCUUCUGUGGAUGGGACAGUUAGGAUAUGGACAUAUGAACCAUCAGUUUCAGCAUCAAGAAAUGCAACUAUAUAUUGUGGAGCUGAGAUCAUGUCACUUGAGUGGGAUUGCAAAUCUGAUCGUCUGCUUCUUAUAGGCACAGCUGAUGGAGGCAUCAAAGCAUGGAAUGUUGAUGCAAAGCGUGUUGUCUGUGAUCUUAAUUCCACUAAAGCAUUCCCUAGUGUGCUGGACUUAAAAUGCAGUCCUGUGGAGCCCAUUUUUGUGUCUGCCGCAGCGUCAACAAGGCCUGGUUCCACUUACUUUGAUAAAUUGGGGUUUGCUUCAUUAACUGUCUGGAACAUGAGGACAUGGAAAUCCAUGACAGUCCUUCCUCUUGGUGAAGAUCCACCUGCAAUUACAUCAUUAUGUUUCAACCACAAUGGAAAGCUCUUAGCAGCUGCUGCUACAGAUGGAAUGAUUCAUAUGUUUGAUAUGUCUGCUGGUCUGCAAAUCACUGGGUGGCCAGCACAUGAUACUGCAAUUAGCUCUGUGUUGUUUGGAUCUGAUGAGACAAGCAUUUUCACUCUUGGAGCAGAUGGAAAGAUAUUUGAGUGGAGCUUGCAGAACCAAGGAAAAGUACUCUGGUCCAGAAAUUGCAGCAGUUUCUGCAACCUUCAAAGCAGUUCCCUAUAUAAGCAAGAAAUGGCUUUAGAUGCUAAUGGGAAUAGACUUCUGACGACAUCUAAUUCUCUAAGAGCACCAAUUUAUCAGGUUGGAGGUUCCAUGGGUGGGAUGAGAACACUACCUCACACUGCAUCUAUAACAACAGUAGAUUGGCAUCCGAUGCUGCCUAUUUUCUUGACUGGAUCUGCAGAUCAAUCUGUUCGGGUCACGUCAUUAUUGUGAGUGCAUUUGUUUCACCCAAAUUCUUCUGCAUACACUUUACAGAAGACAUUUAUGAAUAGUUUAGGAGAGAAUGGUUCGAGUUAUUAACAUUGUCUGAAUUAUAUAACACCCCGUUAUUUCUUAAGCUGUUUCCCUAGAUAAGCUUUCUUUUCUUUUUCUUUUUUUUUGAUAAGCUUUUGUUUUUUGUAUUUUUGUUGUGUGCUGUUUACAAGGUUGAGGGUUCUGUAGUGUAAUAUGCGAAGUGUAAACACACCAAAAAAAAAAAAAUUUACUAGAGUACAUUGAAUGGUUUCUUAUGCUCUUUCCCUA